UAUGGCACUUAUUUCAAUAAUCGCGGUGGUUGUUGUGAUAGCCGUGGUAUCUUUCAUCAACUAUAUCAACAAUUCGAAAAGGAUCAGCUGCCGGCAGGAGUACAGAGACUGCCAGGCCCUANNAAGGUCAGUGAUAAGUGUCCGCGACCCGAUGAAUCGCUUUCUCUAAUACCCUCAGGCUUUCCGAUUAUCGGCAGCGUACCAGACGUGCCAGACAAGAACAGUUUUCUUAAGUUUCACGAAUGGGGACAACAAUAUGGUCCCAUCUACCAGACCAACCUCGCUGGUCAGAAUCAUGUUUGGAUCACGCGUGAUCGUGUGGCACAAGACCUACUUGGCAAGCGUGCAGCCAACAAUUCUGAGCGUCCAUUCAUUCCAUCGCUUCAGGCCGACAAUCGUGACAGCGGCCAUUACCUUCCUUUGAUGUCUCGAAACGGUAUGUGCUAUCUGAUGAGAAGUCAUUGCAAUCUGCUAAUGCCUACAANNGAGCUAUGGACAAGACAGAGAAAGUUCGCAAAGCAGAUCAUGGACAAAUCGUCCGCCAACUCGUUUUACAACUACCCUGAGUUGGAGUCGAUUCGUCUUCUAUUCGAGCUCAUGACAGAUCCUUCUCGUUACAACCAUGCUUUAGAGUCAUUCAUCUCAAGAGUGACUUGUAGGCUGGGAUGGGGAACUGCGGCUCCCUCCGACGAGCUAAAACAGCGAGCAAGAGAACUGCUCAUAGGUGUCUCACCAAAUGGUGCACUUACAAACAAACUCGGCUUCCUCAAGAAACUCCCCGAAGCUAUUGUACCGGCAAAAGCUUGGGAGUUUCGCAGAUACAGGACCGAAAGUCGCUUCUUCACUAUCUUGCAGAACGAGGUCAGAGAGAAGCUCAAAAGCAAGACUGCUCCAGAGUCUUGGACACGUUACUUCCUGGAGAACAAGGAUGCUACUGGAUUUGCGUCUGACCUCGAAGGUGCUUACGCUGUAGGUAUGCAUGGCAUUGCUGGUGCACUCACGAUUGCUGCUCCCAUGCAGAGCUUCUGUCUUGCCAUGUGCCAUUAUCCUCAGUACCAAUCCAUUCUUCACGAAGAGAUCGACAAGGUCUGUGGUGACAGAUUGCCAACACUCAGCGACAUGCCCAACAUGCCCGUGCUGCGUGCCUUCAUCAGGGAGACUAUGCGAAGGCUAAUUCAACUCUUAGNNUGGCGCCCUCCUGUGCCUACCGGCAUCCCACACGAGUCUGUCAAAGACGACAUCUACGAGGGCUAUUUCAUCCCUGCCGGCUCCGUUAUGCAUCCUCUUGAAUGGUCCAUCAGUCGGGACCCAGAGGUCUUUCCUAGUCCUGAUGAGUUCAACCCAAUGAGAUGGCUCGAAACACAAUACCCUACCUACCAAGAACCCUUGACUAAAUACCCUACCAUCACUCAAUACAGUCAGUUCGGUUAUGGUCGCCGUAUCUGCGCAGGCAUGGGUGUCGCUGAGGCAGAUCUCUUCGUUGGUAUUGGCAGUCUUGCGUGGAUGUUCUCUUUGAGCGCCAGUGACGUUCAAACCGAGGAAGCCGCAAAGUUGCCCAAGGAGCCUGUCCCAUCGUCACUGCCAGUCCACAAGGAAGAAGAGCUGCCAGCAAUGACACCAACAGGCAUGCAAACACCUCCCUCCGAAACCGAGAUCGAAGAAGAACUCGAUGAGCACUUCUCAGAAAAGAUGUUGCCAACAGACACAUGCAGACUAUCCCGCAAAAAGACUGUCAAAAGGCCAAAAAACCUAGCGUCGUCCGGCGGCGGCCUGAGUCGAGCCAAGACUGUCACGUAUAAGUUGCGCCUUCCUGGCUCGUCCCUUCCUGGCCAGUUCCCAGCUUUCUUUGAACAACACACUGGGCCUGAUACCCCGCCUUCGUCACCCAAAGCUCGAACUGCGAUGGCAGGUACAUCCGACAUGCCUGCCGUGAACAACAUGUUCAACUCCGCCGCCGACGAGAAGGAUUCCAAGCCUGACCCCACCCUCGAAUACUCCAGUUUGCUUAUCGCAAAGCCUCUGCCCUUCAGAUUCAAUAUGAAGAUUAGAAACAAGAAGAAGGCCGAGCAUGUUGCUCGUGAGUGGAUGUUCUACAAGAUGGAUGGUGAAUUUGAAGACUCAAAAUGUUAUUGGGAAGGUGGCAAUGCUGGUAACAAGCAGUAUGGAUGGGGCGAGGUGCACAAAUGA